GCCGAAGCCGAGAGCGACGUGGUGCUGUUUCAGGAGAUAGCGGUCGCGCCCGUGGACCGCGGCAUGGCAGGGGCCUCUCUAGGUAGGCUCGGCUGGAAGACCAGCGCGGCGCAUAGUCGUGACGCGGGUGGAGGCCUCUCGAGCGGAGUUGCGGCCGCUGUCAGGCCGCAACUUGGGCUUGGGGAAGCCCCCAUCCCCAGUCGCCCCUGGCCUUCGGAGCGGGUCGGUCUGAAGUGGCUGAACGGCCUGGUCAGGGGGGGCGUGCUGAUCGGCUCGGUCUACCUGGUCUCUGGGGGUGGCCUCGACGACGUCUCUUUCGGGAUCUUGAAGCAGCUCGGCGAGGCCUUGCAGGGGUUAGACGCCGUCGCCACCUCAGGGGAUCUGGCCAACGGGCACCCGGCUUUCUGUGAUCAGGCUGAGGCUCAGCUGUCCCUGUUCCACGGCCACUCAGCUUCAGAG